AUGGAUUUCGUGUCGAAAUACAUGUCUUGUCUGUCUAGUUGGGGGCUCGACUUGCAGCCCGGCCUGCAGUCUGUGGGCGCGGCGGUCCUGCUAGCCACCGGAGGCUUGUUUCUUGCUUCGCGCGUCCUGACCUUCGUGAGAGUGCUUCUGAGUCUGUUUGUGCUUCCUGGGAAGCCGCUCCGAUCGUUCGGCCCCAAGGGAAGCUGGGCAGUGGUUACAGGUGCUUCGGAUGGCCUCGGCAAGGAAUUCGCUCUGCAGCUCGCGCGCGCCGGCUUCAACAUCGUACUCGUUUCCCGGACCGCGUCGAAGCUCGCUACGCUAGCGGAGGAGAUCACCGCCAAACAUUCCGUGCAGACCCGGACGCUGGCGAUGGACUUUGCAGCCAAUGACGACACGGACUACGAGGAUUUGAAGACGCUUGUCGACGGACUGGACGUGUCGAUCCUAAUCAACAACGUCGGCAAGAGCCACGACAUCCCCGUGCCGUUCGCGCUAACCCCGGAGGACGAGAUGACGGAUAUCGUGACGAUCAACUGCCUCGGCACGCUGCGGGCCACGCAGCUGGUCAUUCCGGGGAUGAUGCAGCGGCGACGCGGGCUGGUGCUGACGAUGGGCUCGUUCGGCGGUCUGCUCCCGACCCCGCUGCUGGCCACGUACUCGGGCAGCAAGGCAUUCCUGCAGCAGUGGUCGACGUCGUUGGGCUCGGAGCUAGAGCCGUACGGCAUCACGGUCGAGCUGGUGCAGGCGUACCUGAUCACGUCGGCCAUGUCCAAGGUGCGCCGUACCAGCGCGCUGAUCCCCAGUCCGCGCGCGUUUGUGUCGUCGGUGCUCUCCAAGAUCGGUCGCAACGGCGGCUCGCCGACCUACUCGUACAGCUCGUCGCCGUACUGGAGCCAUGGGCUGAUGGCGUAUUUCCUGACCUGUGUGCUGCAGCCGAUGGGGAAGCUGGUCGUCGGGCAGAAUAGGACGAUGCACGAGGCCAUUCGGAAGCGGGCGCUGCGCAAGGCGGAGCGCGAGAAGGGGAAGAAGAGCACAUGA